CAGUGAGGCUGCGCUGAGGCUGCGGGGCCGGAUGGCCGAGCCGCCCGCCCCGCGCACUCGGGCGGCGGCCGGCGGCGGGCGAGCACACCGGGCGAGCCCUCCCAGCCGGGAGAGCCAGCCCCGCGGCACCCGGCAGCGCCAUGGUCUCAUGGAUCAUCUCCAGGCUAGUGGUGCUUAUAUUUGGCACACUUUACCCUGCAUAUUAUUCUUACAAAGCCGUGAAAUCAAAGGACAUCAAAGAAUAUGUCAAAUGGAUGAUGUACUGGAUCAUAUUCGCGCUCUUCACUACAGCAGAGACCUUCACGGAUAUCUUUCUUUGCUGGUUUCCAUUCUACUAUGAACUUAAAAUAGCUUUUGUAGCUUGGCUGCUCUCUCCGUACACAAAAGGCUCCAGCCUCCUCUACAGGAAAUUUGUCCAUCCAACGCUGUCUUCAAAAGAAAAGGAGAUCGAUGACUGCCUCAUCCAGGCAAAGGACCGGAGCUAUGAUGCUCUUGUGCACUUCGGGAAGCGGGGGCUGAACGUCGCGGCCACGGCAGCCGUCAUGGCAGCUUCAAAGGUAAAGGUCUCUCAGCUACUUCAUUUACCCUUCUAUUUGGACCAGAAAAAAGGGCAGGGACAGGGAGCCCUGUCUGAGAGACUACGGAGCUUUAGCAUGCAGGAUCUGUCGACGAUCCGCGGAGACAGCAGCAGCACUGUUCCUGCCUCGGUCACCGUACGAACAAGUAGCAAACAGAGCCUCCCAAAACCAUCCAGAAGUGCAUCAGAAGGCACUGGCAGCUCAGUGUGCACGUGUUGCUCGGUGUGCCGACUCCUCAGAGGUGAAAUAGGUGUGGACAAUAGGUAUGAGAAGCCGCCUGAGACAAACUGUGAAACAAAAGGCUCAGUGUUCUCAGAUGAUGAAGAGAACGAUUUUGCAUCCAUGAACAAAAGGCCCAAAAAGAAGGAUCAACCCCUUGAGGCACCGCCUAGGACCCUUAGACCUCGCUUCAGGAAGAAAAGUACCUCAUCCUCUGCCACUGAAACAAUGUGAGUGCAAUGAACCAAUAGCACCAAGAUCCACAGAAUGUCUCUCUUCUGCCUUAAAGAGCUACUCGUUAAUAAUGUAGGAAACAGCAGUGGGAUGGAUGUGCUUUGAUGUCCAGCGUUGUAGACAUGGCCUUUCUCUAUCCCCUCUCCAUAUCCCUCUGUGCCACGCUGCUCCUGUUGGUCCGUGACGUGGGUAGGACAGUCUGGCACACACCUGCAGGUGAGGGGUCCUGGUUUGGUUUGCAGAGUGUGCCCCCACCCAUGCUGUACCUUCGUGAUUUCAUUUGUGUCUGCAUAGCUCUUGCUCUGUGAAUGCACAGCAGAAACAACAAUAAUCAGUUACUCACGAUGAUACAUUGACAGUGUAUUUAUUUAUGGCUUUAUCAUUGAUGAAGUGGAUUUGCAGAACCUGUGGAUUUCUCUUUCCUCCCUUCCUCCUCAAGACUGUGAACGAUAUAACAAAUGUCAAAGUACUUUGACUGUACAAAAUGUCCAAGAUUCGUUAGCGAAAGCUGAGCUGCAACUGCGAUUCUGUUUCUGCAAGUAAAUCACGUGUUCUGAGAAAAUCAUUGUGCUAAACCCAUAGAGACAGAACCACUUACAGAGGAUGAGGAAGAGACGUGCAAGAGAAAAUAAAUAGUUUCAACGAUGUAAUGAAGGAGGAGUCUUAAUUUUGAUCAGCCUGAGCCAGGAGAGUAUUUUGUGGAAAACAAUGGCGGGUAGAAGAACUAGAUCCCACUGCUUGUGGCCAAUGUUCUACUGCCAGUUUUAAAGUGUGAGCAAGCCAGGCAUGUGCCAGCUGCAGCCACAGAAGUUAGAAUUGCUUCAGUGAUGCAUUUCCAGGGGAAAACAAACCUUUCUCCCCUGCUGCAACAGUGCCAUUCCCAGCACUCUGCUCUCCUGGUGAGGGGCUGCUGUUCUGCUUGCACGAGCAGAGGAGGGCGCUGGGUCUGAGCUGGUUUUUAAAGCCUGGAGUUUCUCCUGUAGCAUGGAGUUUGGUUAGAACCACGAGAACCAGAUGGAGUGGUGUAUUUGUAUCCAUAUAUAAAUGAGACAUAUAAAAGGAAGAGGAAGACGUGGUAGGGUUUGUGUAUUUGUGCUUCAAGUUGGUGUCUCUUGUGAGUGUUAAGCAUGUGAGAUUCACACAUAAUUUAAUUACGUGGCCCUUUGUGUUUGCUCUUGAACCUAUCACAUAGACUAGAAAAACAUUUAGCAUUAUGUUAGGACGUGCCAUCACCAGUGGAUCAGCACACGGGCUCCGUGGUGAACACUGCUCAUGUAGGUCAGGUGUUGCAGCCCAGGAUGGAGUGUGUCAGGCUCAGAGAGAACUCUGAAGUGGCCUUUGAAACCUUUCUUGUCCAAUGGGUCCCUGAGGUCUCCCCCACAGCUUCCUACACAUGUGGGGAAGAAAGGAAGAAACUAAUUACGUGCACACACAAAUGUGUAUCUGACCUGGCUGGGAAAUGGAAAAAGCAAGCAGGUAUUUCCUGUGUCUGCCACAGUAUUUGGCCUCAUUACCUGAGAAUUUUGUUUCCUUUACAUGUGCUGAUUCAGUCAUAUUUUGCAAUGUGCAAGAAGGAAAAAUUCUUCAAAAAGUAAACCAACAAAGCUGUCUAAAUAGCAGUUACAGAAGAGUCAAUCCUUGGAAGAUACUCAGCAAAAGCUUUGAGGAGCUAAGCUUGUGUAUUUUGUUUUUAAGCAGCUUUAGAGUUUAUUUGAUUUCUUUCGGCAAACAUUAAAAAUAAAUAGAAAAACUGCCUGCACUGUUAGCAGAAAAUAAAAUCCUGUUGCAAGCAAGCCAUGUUUCCCUGCUAUGCAAUGGGCUGCUGUAAGAUAAAAAAAGAAGCUGACAAGUUUGCACUCAAUUAUGCCAAAUAACCCCAACAACAUAGAGCUGCAAAACAUCUGACAAGUUCUAAUCUCAGACACACUGUAUUAACAUUGAUUCUCACUAAAAGUAUUAAAUGUGCGUCUAAUCUGCUGUUUUACUGUAAACUUGACUGUUUAGCAUUUCUUAAGUGCUGAGGUGAAAUGUUGACAAGGGAGUUGCCUUAUAUCUCUCAAAACAUUCACUGUAUAAAUGAGAAAAAUAAACCUUUUCAUAUCUCUGGCAAAAAUGUAUCAGUUUAUCAGCGGAGCUGUAUAUUUGUGUAUAGACAGACAGACAUGUCAAUGCCUGACCACGUGCACUUGUGCUCUGGUGUUCUGUACAGACGAGAACGGCCACUUGCUUUUGAUUCCUCACCUUCCUCACACAGGUUGUUUACAGGUCUUUCCCCAAGUCUGUCGUUUCACCCGUUGGCUACGAGAAUAAACAACACCAGUGAAGUCUUUUGUUCCAGUUUUUCUCUGGAUCCUCUGCCAAGGAACAAGCCCAAUUCCGGCGAGUCGCCUUCCUGCGCUGCUGCUGACCCCUCCUGGCACACCCGGGUGUGCAGGACCUGGCAAGGAGAGGACGCAGGGAUGGAUGGAUGGAUGGAUGGAUGGAAGGGGGCAGCAGUUCUUAGCUCCCUCCCAGCUCCAGCUCUGAGGGUGCAGGCCAGCUGACAACUUCCAGAUCUCUCCUCCUAAAAUCAAGCAAUCUUUCAUCAGGUGGUUUAAAAUAGCAACAGAUCUGGGUUAGGUAAAACCAGCCUGGUUUUGGGACCUUUCAGGCAGCUGGGCCCUACCAUCAGUCCUGUAGGGCAGGCAGGCACCUCCUGAUGUCUCAGGGAGGGCCGAGAGAGUGGAACCCUGAAGGGAAGAGGCCAGCCCAUGGAAACAGCCUUUGCCCAGCUCAAGGCUCCAGUGAAAUGCGCAUUAUUUUGAGCACGUAAAAUUGAGGCUGAGGGGAAGGAAAGUGCAGCUGAAGAUGGUCUGUGGUAAACAGGCCUGUGAAUUACCUCACCAAUUUACCAUAAAUCCACUUAGUUAUGAAGAGAAUAAGCUCAGAGCAGCCCAGUGCAGCCCUCAGUGCCUCCUCUCCUGCCACAGGGGCCAGUGUCAGCGCAGCUCCAGCGGUUGCCAGCUGCUGAAUUGGGAUCACAUCUAACACGAGGCACACUUCUCGUGUGUUCCUGUCACCCUGGAAUGAAUCCCACACUAACCUAAAUUCUAGAAGUGCAAACCCAGCACAGAAGGAAUCAGGUAAUUUAUUCCUGCCAGGAGGGGAAAAAGCUGCUUGGAGAGAGAUGAUGCUCCUCCUGUAAACAACCUGCUGCCCCUGGCUGCUCUCUGACGCGUCCCCAUGUCGUGAUGAACCCUCGUGACCGAAUGCUCGUUACCCACAGUCUCCUUUUUGCUGUUAGUUUCGGGUCCCCUUUUUGCAUCCAGCACCGUAUUUGAACUAGCAGAGAACACUACGUUGGGAUUUGCGUUUAGACAAACUAUUUAAGGCUCAUUAAUUGUGCACUUGGUGUGAUUUUCUUUCCUGUGAUGGGUAGAAAAGGUCUGUGAUGCAGUGGUACACACUUGAUGCCUCACAAGGACAACAGUAUUCCAAAGGUUGAUGUUUUGCUGGUUUUGUUAUACUGCUUGAUAUACAUCUUGAAUAAAGUCUUAAUCUUUUCUUUAUUAAAAAAAAAACAAAAACAAAACAUCUUUAGUCUGUUCAAUGUAUCUGGCAGGCCAGAAUAAUUCCUCUGAUCGCUGUAUUAUUUUUAUCUCGAUUCUGGCUGACUGUAUAUAGAUGUAUUCACUAAGUGCUGCAUGUCCUCCAGAACUUUCUGUAUUAUGAACUGGAAAAAGAACAAAAUACAGCUACUGAACACUCUGA